AUGCUUUGUCAGCUCUAUGAGGACACAUGAGAUUUAAGAAUAAUUGAAUUUCGGUAAAAUUGUGCUCAAUUGAUAUAAUUUAAAUAAAUAAUUUUUUUUAUCAAGAAGAAAAAAAUAACAGAUGUGAACGGAAAAUAUAUAAGUGUUUGAUUCGACGUUCAGAAAAAAUCUUUUUGACAUUUCAAUUUUACCAAUAAGAAAUUCCGUGAGAAGUUGUGUAACAUCCAUUCAUCGGCCAAAGAGCUUCGAAGCGACGACAUUCAAAUUAGUUGCGAUUAAAAAUUGAAAAGAUUAACUGUAAUAGAAUGGCUUUGGAAAACGACAAUAAAAACAAUGGAACAUCUCAAACAGAUAAGAAAGCAAUGAACAAUCAAUCUCCAGUUGUCGAGGCUACCAAAGGAGAACAAUCAAACGAUUUGAAAAAAAAAGGAAAAAAUUCGAAAAAUGGAUCUAAAUCGGAUAAAGUGGUCAAUGGCCAUAACGUAGACAAUAAAGCAGAAGUGACAUCCAAUGGUUCUACAGAUACAAAUGCCAAUGAUGUCACAGACGUUGAAAAGAAGGAGGAGGUAUCUGUUCCCGAAGGAGAGGAAACGUACGAAGAGGACAUAAAUUUGGAUGCCUUACAUGACAAUGGCAUUACAGUGAACAUUCAAAGUCCUGGUGCGGAAAUGUGGUCAGUUCAAUUAUCCAGCAUGGAACUCGUCCAAGAAAUCCACCAAUUACUUAUGGAUAGGGAAGACACUUGUCAUCGCACUUGUUUCACAUUGCAAUUAGAUGGUGCAACUUUGGAUAACUUUGCUGAAUUGAAAACGAUUGAAGGUUUGAAAAAUGGGUCAACCAUAAAAGUUGUUGAGGAGCCAUACACCAUGCGGGAGGCAAGAAUUCAUGUUCGUCAUGUGCGUGAUUUGCUGAAGAGUAUGGACCUAGCUGACGCAUACAAUGGCGUUGAAUGUAACUCGCUGACAUUCUUGCACUCCAUCACACAGGGAGACUUGCUCGAAAAGAAAAAAUCUCGUCCUGAUUCCGUUGACUGCACGCCACCAGAAUACAUUAUGCCGGGCGUGAAGGAAGCACCUUUGCAGCCAUUGCAGCCCGGAGUGAAUAAAAACUCGAAGGGACCACAAGCUUUGAAAGUUCUCACAACAUCCGCAUGGAAUCCACCUCCUGGUCCCCGUAAGCUACAUGGAGACCUGAUGUAUUUAUAUGUGGUUACAAUGGAAGACAAACGUUUUCACAUAUCCGCUUGCCCCAAAGGCUUUUACAUCAACCAAUCGACUGACGAUGUAUUCAAUCCGAAACCAGACAAUCCCAGUCAUUUAAGUCACUCCUUAAUAGAUCUGCUUUCGCAAAUAUCACCUUCAUUCAAACGUGCCUUCCAACAAAUGCAGAAGAAACGUACCCUACGUCAUGCAUUUGAGAGGGUAGCAACGCCUUAUCAAGUGUACCAAUGGACAGCACCUCAAUUGGAGCACACAAUUGACGCCAUACGCGCAGAAGAUGCUUUCUCUUCGAAAUUGGGAUAUGAGGAACAUAUUCCCGGACAAACUAGGGAUUGGAAUGAAGAACUCCAGACCACCAGGGAACUGCCCAGAAAAACGUUGCCAGAACGUCUGUUGCGUGAACGCGCUAUUUUUAAGGUUCAUGGUGACUUUGUUAUUGCUGCUACUAGGGGAGCCAUGGCAGUAAUUGAUGGCAAUGUUCUAGCCAUCAAUCCAGGAGAAGAUCCCAAGAUGCAGAUGUUUAUUUGGAAUAAUAUUUUCUUUUCGCUUGGCUUCGAUGUGCGUGACCACUACAAGGAGUUGGGAGGCGAUGUUGCAGCAUUUGUAGCACCGCGCAACGAUUUACAUGGCGUACGCGUAUACAGCGCCGUCGACGUUGAGGGAUUGUACACAUUGGGUACCGUGGUGGUGGACUAUCGGGGAUAUCGGGUAACUGCUCAAUCGAUUAUUCCUGGAAUUUUGGAACGAGACCAAGAACAAUCAGUAGUAUAUGGAAGCAUUGAUUUCGGCAAGACUGUACUCUCCCAUCCCAAAUAUUUGGAGUUGCUCCGCAAAGCUGGAAAACAUUUGAAAAUCUUACCGCAUUCUGUUCUGAAUGAAAGAGACGAACCCGUCGAGUUAUGUUCGUCGGUAGAAUGUAAGGGUAUAAUAGGCAAUGACGGCCGCCACUACAUUUUAGAUUUGUUGCGAACUUUCCCACCAGACGUUAACUUCCUAAAAUUGGACAUUGAAUUAUGUCCCGAACUGAAAGCCAUGGGUUUCCCCAUUGAACAUAAGCACAAAUUGUCUUGCUUGCGCCAGGAAUUGCUGGAAGCAUUUAUUGAAGAUCGUUAUGUUAGUUUUAUAAGAAAUGCUGCUCAGCACUUGCAGCAACUGAAUGCAAAUAAGAAAUCUCAAGAAAAGGAAGCAACAGCUUCCAUCACAGAGAAGGAAGAAGAAACCAAAAACGAAACACAAAGUGAAAACGAUCAAAAGAAAGACGACAGUGAAAAUAAAUUGUCGAGCAAUGAAGCUAUUGAAAACGCCUACGAUGCAAUCAAAGAGGCUCAAUCAAGUGUGGCAACUGCUGAUGAAACACAAGCAUCCGAAGUCGUUAAACGAGCUUGCGCUGCUGUUGGUUCUCUAAAGGAGAAAGAAUUCGACUUUCGUUUUAACCCAGAUGUCUUCUCACCCGGCAUACGCCACGUGGAUGACAAAGAAGGUAGUAACUCAUUGGCUAAGCAAAAGAAAUUGGUGCAAGAAGCUGCAGAAUUUUUGGUUUUGAAACAGAUCCCUGCCUUCAUAAAAGAACACAUGAGCCACACAUCGCCUCCUAUGGACGGCACUAGUGUUACUGAAGCUCUCCAUAGUCAUGGCAUCAAUGUACGCUAUUUGGGUAAAGUAAUUACAAUGCUGGCCGAAGUGCCUCGCAUGGAAUAUUUGCAUCGCAUUUCGGUUAUGGAAUUAAUUAUUCGCGCUACCAAACACAUUUACUAUGCGUAUAUGCAGAAUACCGAUGCCAUGCAUCUGUCGGCUGCAAUAAGUCACUUUUUGAACUGCUUCCUUUCGUCUGGCCCCGCGAACCCCAACACCGGCUCCGAGGAAUUAAAUAAGAACAAUAACAACAACGCCAGUACUAAGCGCGGAAAGAACAAAAACAAAACAACCGGUAAAAACAGCCAAAAGAAUGGCCAGGCAACAAACAAUGAUAACAACGAUUGGGCUCUUAUGACACCAAAGACUUUGUGGCAACAAAUCAAAAAAGAGGCCAAAUCUUAUUGGGACUUUGACAUUGGCUGUGAUUCCAUAGAAACUGCCAUCGAAAAAUACUCACUACAAAGAGUGAGCAUACUUCGUGCCUUCUGCCUGAAAGUGGGCAUACAAAUAUUACUUCGUGAAUACAAUUUUGAGUCACGCAAUAAAUCCACAUUCACGGAAGAGGACGUUCUUAAUGUAUUCCCCAUUGUAAAGCACAUCAACCCUCGGGCAUCCGAUGCUUAUAACUUCUAUAUGUCGGGUCAAUCGAAGAUCCAGCAGGGCCUUUUCAAAGAAGGCUACGAGCUGAUAAGCGAGGCCUUAAAUUUGUUGAAUAAUGUUUUCGGAGCUAUGCAUUCAGAGAAUCGCUCUUGCCUUCGUAUGCUGGCACGACUUAGCUAUUUGUUGGGCGAUGCCCAAGAAGCCCUGGCCAUACAACAAAGAGCAGUUAUUAUGAGUGAACGUGUUAACGGCAUCGAUAAUCCAUGCACUAUCUUAGAAUAUACACAUUUAUCCCUUUACUGCUUUGCUAAUGGCCAAGUGAGCACAUCUUUAAAAUUACUGUAUCGUGCUAGAUAUUUGCUGGUGUUGAUAUGUGGUGAAGAUCAUCCGGAAGUUGCACUUAUCGAUAGUAAUAUCAGCUUGAUUUUGCACGCCGUCGGUCAGUAUGAACUGUCUCUACGUUUUAUUGAACAUGCUUUAAAACUUAAUUUGAAAUACUACGGAAACAAGUCGAUGCAUGUAGCUGUUAGCUAUCAUCUGGUGGCCAGGACACAAUCAUGCAUGGGAGAUUUCCGUUCUGCCUUAAAUAAUGAAAAAGAAACAUAUGCCAUUUAUAAGUCACAACUGGGCGAGACUCAUGAAAAGACUCGUGAAUCGGCCGAAUGUCUGCGACUUCUUACACAACAAGCAGUGCUUUUGCAACGUAAAAUGAAUGACAUAUAUUCUAAUGGAAAACUCACAACGGGGCUGCCUCCAAUCCAUAUACAACCACCCACAAUGGGAUCUGUGUUGGAUAUGCUCAAUACCAUAAAUGGUGUUUUAUUUGUUCAAAUAAGCCAAAAGGAUAUUGCCCAAGUUAAAAAUGAAAUUGAGAAGCGUUUGAAGGACACAAAUGAGGUAAAUGAGACAACUGAGGCGCUUAAGAAAUUGGCCGUUAAUGCUGCGACUGAUAAUGAUGCCAACUCCCAGACAACAUUGACGAAUGGCAGCGAUGCAACGAGCACCGCAGCGGAUGAACAGACUCCGACUGCAUCUAGUUGAAUUUCCACAAAGAAAACAUUCAGCCAGACUAAUUGUAAUCCUAAAUUUAUAACUAAUUAUAUCUACCCAUAUUCCUUGAAUAAUGGAAAGUGUUUGCUGUAAAGUCUUCGGAUGUGAGAAGAUUGUUUUGAACAUGAGGAGUUCCAUUCACAGUCGUCGAAAACACCAACUACAUCAUAUACCCACAUCUGCAUACGAACAUAAAUAUAUUGUUAAUUAGAUUAAUGUUACAACAAUAGGGCCGGGCGAUAUCCAAAUGAAGAUGUUGCCUACACAAGAACAACUACUACUUUUAAAUCACAUUUGGUUUGUGUGCUACCUACCAGAAUGAGAAGAAAGCUCCAAAUCCACACAUAUAUUAUUGUUUUUUUUUUUAUUUGAUUUCUUUUAUGAGAGCUUAUUGCUCUUCAAUUUUGUUUACAGAAUAAGAAAAAGAUUUUUCUUCAAAAUAAUGAGUUGUUUUAUUAUCAUCUUUUAUUUAGCCAUCUUUAGAUUUAAUCUCAAUAAGCAUUGCUACUUGUUUACAAAGCUAUUAAAACUACAGAAAUGAUGACGCACUGGCAGCAUUGUAUUUAAACCAAACCCAUUUUUUAUACAUUGCAAUAAAAAAACGUACGAAAAUAAUAAAAAUAAAACUGAAAAUAGAUGUAGUUUUUAACAAAAUUUUCUAUUUCUUUUAUAAUUGAAUCAAUUUUAUUCUGUAAUUGUCAUUUUUAUAAAAUUGGCGAUUGUAUUCGCAAUCCGUGGCAACUAGAGUGUGUUCAAUUUGUUUUGUGGACAAUGAAUAAAUUAUAAUGUAACAUUUUAUUAUAUUUUGUUGAGUUGAAUUCGUCUAUAUAUGCAAAUAUAUAAUAUAAAAAAAAUAUUUUAAAAAUUGGAA